CCACAGCUCUCGAUCUCGUGUCGAGCGACACUGCGAAGUGGAGCGGCGGCGAUCCCCGCGGGAGACCGAGACACGCGGCCCCAGAGAGCCCCUCUGCCGCCGCCACCGGAGCCGCACACCGCCCGACCGCCCGACCCCUCGCACCGGGCCCCGCCACCGGUCCCUGUGGUGGGGAGAGACGUCGGCGGCCGCCGGGGAAACACCGAGCCGAGCCGAGGUGGUCCGCGCCCCGGCGCGAUGCGGGGCCUCGGCGCUCGGAUAGACGCUCGCCCGGGACCGCGCGGCCUUCCGCGGCCUCUGUGAGCAGCAUGGCAGGGGGUCUGGCCCGGCUUGUCGGCCUUGCGAAGCGCGCUGCGGCCUCGUGGGGACCGCGGGGAGCCGAUCAGGCAGGGGGCGGAGGAGCGGGCGGCUUCCGCAAGGACAAGCCAGACGAGCCUGGACUUGGCAAGAAUGAGACCAUGAUCCGCGUCCUGCCAUCCAAGGAGGCGGCGGCGCUGGCGGUGGACGAGGUGGCGUGCAUGCUGCAGGCCAGCCUCCAGAGCGGGCUAGCCACCAGCGAAGUGCUGCACAGGAGGGCCUACCACGGCUGGAACGAGUUUGAGAUAAACGAGGAGGAGCCGCUAUGGAGGAAGUACAUUUCCCAGUUCAAGAACCCCCUGAUUCUGCUGCUGCUCUCUUCGGCCGUCAUCAGCGUCCUCAUGAACCAGAUCGACGACGCGGUCAGCAUCACUGUGGCAAUCGUGAUCGUCGUGACGGUCGCCUUCGUGCAGGAAUACAGGUCGGAGAAGUCGCUCGAAGAGCUGAACAAGCUGGUCCCGCCUGAGUGCCACUGCGUCCGCGAGGGCCGCAUGGAAAAGCUGCUGGCGCGCGAGCUGGUGCCGGGCGACACCGUCACGCUCUCCGUGGGCGACCGCGUACCCGCCGACCUGCGCCUCUAUGAGUCGAUCGACCUGUCCAUCGACGAGUCGAGCUUCACGGGCGAGACGGAGCCCAGCAGGAAGACGACGUCCAUCGUGGCGCGGGCCCUCAACGGCGACAUGGCGGCGCGCACCAACAUCGCCUUCAUGGGCACGCUGGUGCGCUGCGGCAAGGGCAAGGGAAUUGUCAUUGGGACCGGCGAGAACUCUGAGUUUGGAGAGGUCUUCAAGAUGAUGCAAGCUGAGGAGGCCCCGAAGACCCCGCUGCAGAAGAGCAUGGACCGGCUCGGCAAGCAGCUCUCCUUCUACUCCCUGUGCAUCAUCGGUUUGAUCAUGCUCAUCGGGUGGCUGCAAGGCAAGCACAUCCUGGACAUGUUCACCAUCGGCGUCAGCCUGGCGGUGGCCGCCAUCCCCGAGGGCCUCCCGAUCGUGGUGACGGUGACGCUGGCGCUCGGGGUCAUGCGUAUGGCCAAGAAGAGAGCCAUCGUCAAGAAGCUGCCCACCGUGGAGACUCUGGGCUGCUGUACGGUGAUUUGCUCGGACAAGACGGGGACGCUGACCAAGAACGAGAUGACCGCGACGCACAUCUGCACGGCGGAUGGGUUGCACGCAGAGGUGACCGGCGUGGGCUACAACGUGGACGGGGAGGUGCGGGUGGAGGGAGAGAUCGUGCACGGCUACUCCCACGCGUCCAUCGCCAGCGUCGUCGAGGCCGGGUGCAUCUGCAACGACGCCAUCAUCCGCAGCGACAAGGCCCUGAUGGGGCAGCCCACGGAGGGCGCCCUGCUCGUGCUCGCCAUGAAGAUGGGCCUGGCGGACGUGCGGGGAGACUACAUCAGGAGGAGGGAGAUCCCCUUCAGCUCCGAGCAGAAGUGGAUGGCGGUGAAGUGCGUGCACAGGACAAAGCAGUGCGGUGCGCAGGACAAGGCGGAGGUCUACUUCGUGAAGGGCGCCUUCGAGCGCGUCAUCGACAUGUGCUGCUCCUUCCGUGGCCAGGGGCACACGCUGCCGCUGUCCGCCCAGCAGCUGGUGCUCUACAAGCAGGAGGAGACCUACAUGGGCGCCAGCGGCCUGCGCGUGCUGGCCAUGGCCUCGGGGCCCGAGCUGGGCCAGCUGACCUUCCUGGGCCUCGUGGGCAUCAUCGACCCCCCGCGGCCCGGUGUGCGCAAGUCCGUCGCCAUCCUCGUCUCCUCGGGCGUCUCCGUCAAAAUGGUCACCGGCGACUCCAUGGAGACCGCCGUCGCCAUAGCCAACCGCCUCGGGCUGUCCUCCAACGGCGGCGGAGCCGCCAUCUCCGGGGAGGAGAUGGACCUGAUGGAGACGACGCAGCUCUCCCAGAUCAUCCGCAAGGUGUCCGUGUUCUACCGAGCUAGUCCCAGGCACAAGCUCAAGAUCGUAAAGGCGCUGCAGAAGAACGGGGAGGUGGUGGGGAUGACGGGCGACGGUGUGAACGACGCCGUGGCGCUCAGGGCCGCGGACAUCGGCGUGGCGAUGGGACGCAGUGGCACGGACGUGUGCAAGGAGGCGGCCGACAUGAUCCUCGUCGACGACGACUUCUACACCAUCAUGUCCGCCAUCGAGGAAGGGAAGGGCAUCUUCUACAACAUCAAGAACUUUGUGAGAUUUCAGCUGAGCACGAGCAUCGCCGCCCUGACUCUAAUCACCCUGGCGACGCUCAUGAACUUCCCCAACCCGCUCAACGCCAUGCAGAUCCUGUGGAUCAACAUCAUCAUGGACGGGCCGCCCGCCCAGAGUCUGGGCGUAGAGCCUGUCGACAAGGACGUGAUCCGGCAGCCUCCGAGAAACGUCAAGGACAGCAUCCUCACCCGCAGCCUCAUCUCCAAGAUCCUCAUCUCCGCCAUCAUCAUCGUCUCGGGAACCCUCUUCGUGUUUUGGAGGGAGCUUCAGGACAACAUGAUCACGCCCCGGGACACCACCAUGACCUUCACCUGCUUCGUCUUCUUCGACAUGUUCAACGCCCUGAGCUCGCGUUCGCAGACCAAGUCGGUGUUCGAGAGCGGCUUCUUCAGCAACCGCAUGUUCUGCUACGCGGUCGGGGGCAGCAUCAUGGGGCAGAUGGCCGUCAUCUACUUCCCGCCCCUGCAGCAGGUGUUCCAGACGGAGAACCUCAGCGCAGUGGAUCUGCUCUUCCUGCUGGGGCUGACGUCGACCGUGUGGAUCGCGUCGGAGGUGAUGAAGGCGGUGGAGCGGAGGAGGUUGUUCUCCCGCAAGCACGACGGGGGGGGAUCCUUCCUUGAAGUGUGAUCCCAGCCGGCGGGGUGGAGGGAGGUGGGGGGAAAGUGGGGGGGGGGGGGUGGAGGGGGGCGGUGGUGGGGAGGCCGCGCGCCGGUGCCGAAGACAAAAACCUCGCCGUGGACGACGAGGGCCGUGCGGCGACCUUGGCCGGUUUUGAAACAGAUUUUACUUUUAUAAUGCUCUUAUUUUUUCUCCUUUCCCCGCAGUUUUCUCAAAGGGACAAUGCUAUUACGUUUUAUUGCCUUUUCAAGUGGUGAUGCUUUCGCACGCGCGGCAGUAUUUGUUUGGACGGUCCUUGCACUUGGUUUGGCUUGCUGGCAUCAUCAUCGCGUCGUGUGGAACGCUCCUCUCAGACGUGCGCACUCGGUGUUUCUUGCCGUCGUCGGUUUUUGUUGUCGCGUGCGUAUGCGUGCGUAUGCGUGCAUAUGCGUGUGUAUGCGUGCGGAGGCCUCUGUUUUGCGGCCUCGCGUUUAUUUUUAUUUUCAAUCCCACCGCGUCGCUCUCAAAAUAGCCUCCGCCUCGUCCGCCGCAGUCCGGUCGACGUGGCGGAAGUGGCAACGCUGGCGGUGACCGAUCGUUCACCUCCUGUCCACCUCUUUCCCGCACGGCGACCUCGGCCGUCUCGUCAUCGAGGGCCCAGAGCUCCGGAGCCGAAGGCCGCGGGGCGGCGAGCGGCGGACACGGCGCUCACGGGCCGAGGGUCAUCGUCGCGCUGCACGCUCGCAAUCCUGAGAGCAGCUUCCAAAGCGGGGACAACCACUUCUGUUGUUUAUUACGCCGUCGCUGGCCGCGUUCCGUUGACUUCACCGUUGUAUUUAUUUCACCGCCCCCUCCGGAGGAAACGCACCCUCCUGAUCAAGCGUGCGUAUUUACGUCGCCAAAGCAAUGAUGCGAGUCUGUGCCGUUGUCAAACCGAUUAAGUGGCACGGUGUUGUUACAUCUCGUGUUCGUUGUUAGUGUGUGUGUGCGCGUGCGUGCGUGAGUGGGACUGUGUUGUGGCAUGCUCGAUGUGCAAACCGCUGAACCGUGCGGCCCUGCUCCCGUCGUGGAGCGGAGACGUUGGGCCGUGCGUGCGUCGGGCAUCGUUUGCCGCGGUCGUGAGCGGACACGCGAAAUCAAAAACUGCUCUUGAAGAUAAUUCAAAAUAAAUGCAGCUCACGCCUUG